AUGUCGGAUGUCUUGCCAAAGGAAAUACUGAAAGCUCUCGAAUUUGACAGAUUUAAGAACCGUUUUCGUGUAGAUACUGAUCACUGCCUCACAUAUGUAUGCCGUCAGAGUGUUUCAAACAAGAAUAUAAUCCUCACAGCCCACUUGCCCUACGAUUGUGUUCGUGUUUGGUGUCGUGCUCAACAAGCAGCUUUGGCGAAACAGAUUCCAUGCAGUUUUAUUCAGAUAUUUAAUACAUUUCUCUACGAAAGAACUGGAUUUAAAGUAAGAAAUGAUUCCCAACUCUUUGAAACACGUCUAAGGACAGCUACAAACAUAAUCAAAGCAAAAUUUGUAGGUAAGAAUGGAGCAGCGUUCAGGAAACUUUGCCAAAAUGAAUUAAGCCUGGCAUUACAGAUGGAAGAUUUGGUGAUGCUGUCAGAAGUAGAUGCACAGUUAAGUGAGCAGAAAUUAAUAAACAAAGACCUCCAAAAGGAGAAAGAUAUCCUACAGGAACGGUAUGAAUCUCUAGUUAAAGAUUUGGAGGAAAAUCAGGAAGCUGAGAGAAUGGCAAAGACAAAGGUUGGUGAUGAAAUCCAAGAACUGAAAGAACAGAACCAAAAUCUUCAAAAUUACAUUGAAGGUUUAGGCCAAGAUCUGGACUUUUCAAACAGUGGUGGAAAACUGUCCGCAGUUGGUGGGCGACAGCAGCGAAGAAAAAUAACCGAGCUAAAGACCAAGGUGGAGAAGGCUUUGUGGUUUGCCAAAACAAUUGGAUUGGACUUACAAUCUGCCAUUUUCAAAGAUGAGCAUGGUGAAAAUCACACCUUGAUUUACUCUGAAAAUGUCAGAAGAUCUUAUAAAGAUUUAACUGAAGCAGAUCAACAGAAAGUCAAGAAUGUUUUAUUUAUCCUUGAUAAAUUCUGUAUUGGCGAUGAAGCAUACCAUGAGUUAUCCAUGGUUGAUGGGAAUGAGGAGUUGCCGCGAUCCUAUUUGAUCAAGCAGUGCAAAGAUGAGCUGAAUAAGCUGUGCCACAUUACACGAACACCCGGUUCAGCACAAGGAGCACAACUCGAUUUUCUGGCGGAAUUGGAAUCAGUUAUCCAAAACCAGGUAUGUUUUAUAAUAGAUUUGUUUGUGGAAACACCACAUAAAUUUAUUACUCCAAAGUUUUCGAUCCGUAAGCCUAGAUGUUCAUCAGUGCUAAUAAUAUGUGACUUGUUUAAUUCAUAUAUAUAUAUGAAAUUGGUUAAACAUUUUCUUACAACCAAGGAAAGAUGAUGUGAGCCUUCCAAGUUGAAGUCUGGCAUUAUUUACUUUAAUCAAUAAAUGUAAUCGGUAACAGUACCCAAUCAGGAAGGUCCCUUAUAGGUAUUUUUAAUAUUUAUAUUUUAAAUCCUUUAUAGAUAAAUCAGAAUAUCAUCGAUAUUAAUGACCCACAACUGAAACUGCACAUCAAGCUGUCUGGUGAUGGGGCCAAGAUGACCAGGCUAACAAAUUUUGUGGUGAUUUCAUUCGCAGUGUUGAACAACCAAAAAGAUGUCAUGUCAUCCAAAGGUAAAUAACGCACUUCCCUAACUGCCAAAGUUGUAUAUACAAUGCACCCUAAGGGCCUGUUCAUAUGAGCCCGGUUAACCGAGCUGGCCCACUUUGCCGAGCUGGCCCGCUUUACUUUCACAUGAGGCGGGCUAGCCCAGCAAUCACAUCUAUUCGUAGUAACGAUUUCCCGCAAUAUUUUAGCAGGAAAAUAAAAUUUGUGUUUAUUUGGCAACAUUUUAUUUUUGUCGAUGGCAACAGCUUCAGGAGGUUUAAUUUCGAUAAAUUCCUAUAGUUUUGGACAUUUUAGACUGUUUAUCAGUGGAAUAAAGCACACCAAUUUCCAGCCCAGCUUGCCGGGCUAGCCCGGUUGUGCAUUCAUAUGAGCCCGGCAAGCUGUGAUCUUGCCUCGCUCAAGCGAGAUCCUGGCAAACCGAGCUGACCCGCUUCUCAUAUGAACCCAAUCCUAAAUUAAUAUACAAACAAUAUGAGGCGGGAUCUCGGCACUUGAAAACCAGCCGGGCCAGCCCGGCAGAGCAGGGCUCAUAUGAACAGCCCCUAAAUUGCAGUUCAAAGUAGCUAUAUGCUACCUUUGUCUAGCCCCCCACCUUUAAGCACAUUCCAUGGUCCCUGUAGAUAGGAUUUAAUGCAUGAAUCAUGAAAAUUAUGUUGAUCCUGAGAAAUAUAUAUUUAUAUUUUUAAUGUUUAAUAGGUCACCACACUGUUGCCAUUAUUAAAGGACAAGAGUCGUAUGAAUUGUUGGAGAAAUCUUGUUCCAAGAUAUUUAAACAGAUCAACAUUUUAGUGAAAAACAAGACCGUCACUGUUAAUGGCACUAAUAUUCCAGUAGAAAUGUAUCUCAGAGGUGAUUAUAAGGUAAAUAUAAUCCGGGCUGUAGCGAAGAGCCUGAAGCAGGGGGUGUAGCAUUGCCCUGAAUAAAUUCACUUGCCAUCAGACAAUGGUCACUGGAGUACCUAGGUAGGGGUAUAAAUAAAAACAUUUAUCUGACAAUGAAAAUGUAAACUUACAAAGAUGCCCAGCUUUUUGUGGCAAGACAACUUGCCCAAUCGAGCAAGCAAGAUAAAACAUUUACUUGCCCGUCAUGAUAUUCACUUGCCCGGGCAAGCGGGCAAGUGUUAAAUUACACCUCUGAUUAAUGUACCAUAAUUUAUUAAAUGUUUCGGUAAUUUAUCAAAAUGUUUGAAAAAACUAUCACAUAUUAAUCCCGAGCCAUUCAAAUAUUUUUAUUUGAUAAAUAUGUUAUUUUGCCAACAAGAUGUUUUCAGGGUAUGUUACACCCCACACACCCUAUAGUGACGGCCCUUGAUAUAGUCGAAAAUAGCAAAAUAUCUUAAUUAAGCAAUACACAGUAAGGUUUGUUUUUGUUGUGCUCUAGUUUCUACUGCUCAUUCUUGGGAUGAAAUCAGCCACAUCAGAUUAUGCCUGCAUCUGGUGCCUCAUUCAUAAACUACAGAGGUAAGAAUAUAUAAUGGUUACAGAGUAAGACCCAUGCAGUUAUUCAUUGACAAGGGGUUCGUAACACUACUCUUACAUUACGACGUCUUCUACUGUACAUGGAAAAAUGGGUAAUUUAGUGCUACUGUGUAUGUAUGUAUGCAUGUAUGUAUGUAUGUAUGUAUAUACAUACUGAGAAAUAUAUAUUAACCUUACUAGGUAUGACAUGUCGAAGCCUGAAGACUUCUACUGGGGAGAUUUGGCGAGAACACUAAGUAAUCUUAAAGAGUGGGCUACCAGAAAUAAAUUCUCUUGUCAACAUCAACCACUUAUUGAUAUUGAACUAGAGAAUGUUGUUUUGGAUAAGCUUCAUCUAAUGUUGCGCGUUGUGGGUAAGCAACACUUGCAAAUUAGUAACCUUUUCUUUGGUGCUUACAGUUAA